AUGGGAAGAAUAUCUAAAGCCAGGUUGAGACCUCUGGGCGUUAAGAAUACAAAUACUGUCAAUAAUGGUAAUAAUAAUAUUUCUCCUGAACGGUCAAAAUCAGUUAGAAAAUUGUCAAACAAAAACUCAGUCUUGCCGUCACUCAAUAUGGUUAAUUAUCAUGUAGAAAACUUCAAGGAAAAUGUGGCACCCGAUGAAUUACUCACGAAUGAGGAUGAGCUUACUGGAGGUCUAGACGAUAUUCAAGUACAACAACCGUUAACAGGGGGGAAUCUAAAGCAGCUGCAAAAUGAAAUAGCUGAAUUGGAAAAUGUUUUAUUCCCCUGUGAACAUUUUCUAUGUGGACUAGAAAAUAGAUCGCAGUUAAAGUCAUUAAGAUUAUGGUUACUUUUCGAGCUAGAAAUGAGCCCUGAUAAUGGUACUACGAAUUUGAGAAAUACCUGUUACCGCGAUCAUGUUUAUGAAGCAGUAUGUUCACCAUGGAAAGUUCAAAAUUGCAUACAACAGAUACCACAAGAUUUUGAACCCUUUCCAUUACAACAACUGAUAAUACCUGAAAUUGAGUUGGUUAAAGAGCCUGAUUUAGAGGAUGGGACCGUACAAAUUGGUGAUCUUGUAGAAAAGAAAAAAAUUCCACCUACAUUCUUAUCGAGUCAAAAUCGUCAAGGAAUCUUUGAUUCGGCUUCGGUUGAUACAACAGCCAUUGUUAGACAGAGGCAUACGUCGGAAGUAUCAGACGUUGUAGACGAAGACCACGAAGAAACUUUACGUAGAUUUAGAAAACAACCAAGGAUUUCCACAUUGGAGAGGAAACUGGCACUAAUAGGUGGAAUGUCACUGCCAAAGCUCACAAAAUAG